UUAAACUUAAUUUCUGCCUCUAACCACUUCUAUAAAUUUCAUUCAUUUUGUAAAACUAAAUUCAUCAAUAUUUCUCAUUAAUAGCAUUUUGCAAUAGAAAUAAAAAAAUGGCACCAACAUUUUCAACCCCAAUCAAACUCAUGUCCUUCUCAAUAUUACUUUUCUUAAUCAUCAACAUUGUGAAUGCUCAACAAUCAACCUUGGUGUACUACCUACAAGAUAUCGGAAGAGGAUAUAACCAAACCGUUGUGCCAGUUAUUGGCAUCAACGGUAGGGUUUGGUCCUACAACACAUUUGGAACAAUAUUUGUAGUUGAUGACCCUGUUAUGUUAGAUCCUAGUUCACUUUCAACUCAAGUUGGAAAGGCACAAGGUGUAAUUACCGUAACAUCUAUAGAUGGUACAAAUGUGAACAUAGUUUUGUCAAUUGUGUUCAACAAUGUGCAAUAUAGUGGUAGCACUUUGCAGAUACAAGGUUCUAGUCAUCAACGUGAUAAUUUAAGGGAACUCUCUGUUAUUGGUGGAACAGGAAGGUUUCGAUUUGCAAGAGGUUAUGCUGUGUUUGAAACUGUAUCUUAUGAUGCUCCAACCAGUCACUCUAUUAUUAGGUUGACAAUAACUUUGGCAAUACCUUGA